GGGGCAGGGGCGGGGGCGGGAAAAGGCGCAGCCUCGAAGUGCCAAGAGUCCGGGUGCGCGGUUGCUUCACGAGUCCUUCUCCUCCUCCCCUGGCCCAGGCCCUCGGGCUGCGGAGAGCCCCGAUAGAGAAGACGUGAUCCGUUCAACUGAACAAAGGAAAUGGCGGCCACACCAAAGGCAGCCUGCUCGGCCAGUGCUGCCGCCGCGCAGACUGGGAAACGUUCCCUAAAAUGGCGGACAGCGCGAACGCAGGCGCGGGCCGGGCUGGCCAGGGUGGGGCGGGGGUCCGCUCACGGCGGCCAGCGGCGGCGACGGGGCGGGGUGGAGGCGCCGACUGUCCCCAUGGCGGCUGCGCCGGAGGCCGGAGAGCCCGUAAAGGGGAAGCCCUUUAAGCUCCUAGGAAUUUUAGAUGUUGAAAACAUCCCCUGUGCUCGGGAUUCGACACUGUAUGGCUCAUUAGGAUCUGUUGUGGCUGGCCUCGGACACUUUUUGUUAACUAGUAGAAUUAGAAGAUCAUGUGACGUUGGAAUAGGAGGAUUUAUCUUGGUGACUUUAGGAUGCUGGUUCCAUUGUAGGUAUAAUUAUGCAAAGCUAAGAAUCCAGGAAAGACGUGCCAGAGAAGGAAUUAAAAACAAGAUUUUAUAUGAAAGUACCCACCUUGAUCCUGAAAGAAAACAAACCAACAGCGGCGGCAGCAGCAGCAAUUGAGCAGUCUUGAGCACAGAAAACCCAGAUACAACUCACUUCGGUGUGAACCAAGCCGAGAUCAACUAUAGAAAGCAUUUUAUAUACCACAAGGCUUUCAACCAAGUAAAUAAAGUAUGUGUAAGUUGUUGUCA